AUGAAAAAUGCAUUUCCUGAACAUCUCGGAAACUACAACAUCAACAAAGUUAUAACCUCAGAUGGAAUCAUCCAAUAUGCGUUUGCAACUAAUGAGAUUACUUAUGCAGACAAACUUUUAAAAAUUUUUAAUCGUGAAUUAUUAACUAACAGUGAAUUGCAACCAGAGCUUGACAAAGAACUCAAAUUAGCUCAAUCUCUUAUCAGUCGUGGUUUACCAACUGUAGAAAAAGUUUUUCAAGAUCAUAAAUAUGACGUUAUUGUCAUGGAAGAUUUACCAAACGGAAAUCUUAAAGAUUACUUGAAAGUAAAGAAAAAUAUGCUUUAUAAUGACAAAAUCAAAUUAUGCAUCCGAAUUCUUAAUGGAAUCAUUUGCUUGCAUGAACAUGGAAUGAACCAUGGAUGUUUGAAUCCAGACAAUAUAUAUUUCGACUCCUUUGGAAAUCCCAAACUCAUAGGUUACGGAUUACACGUCAAAGAUCAGUCAACAGAGCUCAGCAACCUGAUUUACAGAGCUCCGGAAGAAGUUAAACUUCAACGCAGGAACAAUAAAGAAGCAGAUAUGUGGUCAUUUGGUUUAGUCUCACACCAGAUCGUUGCAAACAGUUUUCCAUUCAUUGUUGAUGAUGCCCAGCAGUACAUUAAAACACUCAUCACUGGUCAGCAGAUCAGUCUCAUAUCAGUUGGAGGAAUCUUAGAUAAAAUCGUCGAGAGAUGCCUUGAUCCAGAUCCAAAUACAAGAAUUACAUCUGAUGGAGCAAGAGAGAUGUUUGAAACUAUCAAAGAAUAUAAGACACUCUUCUCAAAGAGUCUUGCUGCAAUUCCGAGAUUGCCAAAGCCAAUGCAUCAACCAUUUCCAAGUUGCACUAUAACACUGCAGGGAACAAUCUCUAAGAGAUAUAGAUCAAGCAGAUACGAAAGUAUUUAA